UCCGGCUCCUACCCAACCUCUAGGUACCUUCUCGUUCAAGCGGGUGGCUUCCUGCACGGUCGACAUCAUGGUGUCAGCUUGGUUCCUAGCGAAGGUCUUUGUGGCAUUUGCGCCCUUGACCAGCGUCGUUGCGCAAUAUGCCACUCCUCCAGUACUGCCUGAGCUUUUGGAUGCUACAGCAGAUGAAUUGAUCUCUGGGCUUGAGGCUGGUGACUUCACAAGUCUUGACUUGGUACAGGCAUAUGUGGGACGUAUUCUGGAAGUCAAUGCGACCCUUCACAUGGUCACCGAGAUCAACCCAGAUGCCUGGACAAUUGCGAAAGAGCUGGAUGAGGAGCGCUCAUGUGGGAAGAUUCGCGGUCCUCUCCACGGUCUUCCUAUCCUUAUCAAGAACAACAUUGCGACUGCCGACGAGAUGAACAACACGGCUGGAUCUUUCUCGCUGCUCGGAGCCAAGGUACCCCGCGAUGCCACCGUUGCUGCCAAACUUCGUGCCGCAGGUGCGAUCCUACUCGGCAAGACCAACCUAUCGCAAUGGGCCAACUACCGAUCCGCGAACUCGUCCAAUGGCUGGUCUGCUUAUGGUGGUCAGACGUAUGGUGCUUACUACCCAGGUCAAGAUCCCAGUGGUAGCAGCAGUGGUAGUGGCGUUUCGGCCAGUCUCGGUUUGGCAUUUGGCACUUUGGGUACCGAGACUGAUGGCAGCAUUGUGUCACCAAGUCAAUUGAACAACAUCGUUGGCAUCAAGCCCACUGUUGGUCUGACCAGCAGAGCUCUUGUCAUCCCCAUCUCGGAGCAUCAGGAUUCCGUUGGACCCAUGGCGCGCACCGUGAAAGAUGCCGCCUACAUCUUGCAAGCAAUCGCAGGCCCUGACCAGUAUGAUAACUACACGUCUGCCAUUCCGUGGGCCUCCAAUUCUACCAAUGCCACUAAGCCAGAUUAUGUCGCAGCUUGCAAGCUCGACGCACUCGCUGGCAAGCGUAUCGGCAUUCCUCGUAACGCAAUCGGUACACGUAACAUCGCGUCGGCACCAAUCUUCGAUGCAUUUGACUCUGCCAUCGCAGUGCUCAAGGAAGCCGGCGCGAUAAUUGUAGACAACACGAACUACACCGCAUACGCUCAAUACCUAAACUCAACGGCCGAAGACACCGUUCUUGCCGGCGAUUUCGGUCCAAAUCUCGCCGCGUACCUUGCACAAUUGACAUAUAACCCCAAUGAUGUGAACGAUUUGGAGGAAGUCCGAAACUUCACCCAGACAUUCCCAGCGGAGGAGUACCCCAGCCGCGAUACUGCUGUCUUCGACGCCGCUCUAGCUCUGAACUUCACGAACACAGAUCCUCAGUUCUGGGCUGCAUACCAGGAGGACCUCUUUCUUGGCGGGCCUGGCGGUAUUCUCGGCGCGCUAGCUACCUACAAUCUUGACGCCGUUGUUCUGCCCACUCGUACAGCGUCCAGUACCAGCGCUAUCAUCGGUGCCCCGAUUGUCACUGUGCCAUUGGGUGCAUAUCCCAGCAACACCACAGUCAUCUCGAACGCACGCGGCAACCUUAAUGCCACCGCACCCAACAUUCCAUUUGGUCUUGCUUUUGCCGGCAAGCACUGGAGCGAGGAGAGCCUGAUUGGUUUUGCAUACGCGUAUGAGCAGCGCAGCAAUGUGAGGACCAAAGUCAAGCCGUACAUUCAGCCGACUAUCGAGCUGGCGGAUGUCGUUGGCAAUAAGACCAGGAAGCUCUAAAGAAGUAGAAGUUGGUGUAGCUCAAAUACAAUUCGAGGCAUUGCUGAUUGUCUGAUUGGUCGUGAGUCAUGCUGAUCGUGAGUACGAAGGCUGCUGUGUGAGACCGCCUGUUGUGAUUUAUGAGUCAUAAUGUUCGUCGUCCAGCACCCACUUAACCCUGGAACAUCACGAACUAUGACCGAAUAGUAGGAAGGUGUGAAGGACUACAGACUAAAGUGAUUAGUACCGGCUGUACCCUGGUUUCCGUCAACCUUAAUGCCAAUCGCCAUGACUACCAACCACCGCGACCUCGUCCGUCGAUAUUUUUUCUUUCCAGUGUCUGAUACAGGGUCAAAUUCAGCACAAAGAAAAGUCUCCAAGUUCAGUCCUGGAUCAAUGUCAGGCGAGGCAUCGUGCACAGGCGACUGGUGACACCAUGAUGGACCAUUCAAUUAGGUAGACGCGUACCGCGGUACGAGUGAGAUGUCAAUCACAC